AUCAUCAUUCGAUCGUAAAUGGUGAUCGAAUCAUAAUUAUAGUCGGAUAAUUUAUUCAAUAAGUGUCAGGAUGCUGAACAAUUUUAUUGUUCUUGCCUUUCUCAUCACGGGCAUUGCGGCCCAGUGGGUUGAUGUAGAAGGGCCAUGUGAACCUAAAAAAUCCUUCAAACGCGCCUUCUAUCGGUGCAUAUGCUUUGAAGAUGGUCAACGCGGAUCUUGCAACGUGAAGGGUUAUCCUCCCGGUCUCUACGACGGAAAUAAAUUGACAAUUCUGAAUGGAUUGAGGAAAGACUCUCCGCUAAUUGAAGUUGAAAAUCAUUUCCCCGCCGAGGCAGCCUGUGAACCUAACAAAAUCUUCCAACAUUAUUGCAACACUUGCACCUGCACUCCAAAUGGUCGAGGCGCUUCUUGCACCAAAUUCUACUGUCCUCCGGGUCUUUUCUCCCGAGACGGCACCAUAAGAUCUCAGCGAGUUCACCCUUUUCCAUAUUUCAAAUUUCCAGGUGCGCCCGUAGCUCAACCACUUCCAGGCCUUCAGGUAGCUGGACAUGUUCCAACGGUUGAAGGAGCUCAACCAGGUCCAGAAUUUCGGGUAGAGCAACCAGUGCCGACCCUUCGCAUACCUCAGCCCAAUAACGGGUUUGAGAUACCUCAUGAGAUAGCUCUUGGCGAGGUGCAGCCGCUUCAAAGAUAUCGAAAUAUUCAAGUCCAGCCACCAAUUCAGAAACUUCAAGCACUUCAUCUAGGUCAACAAGGUCUGCUAGCUCCAGGAGUACGAACUAUUCAAGUACCGCAACCAGCCCAAGGAUAUGGACCUAUUCAAUGGACACAGCCGAUUCAAAAAAUUCGAACUGGCCCAGGAGUUCAACCAUAUGUUGGAACGAUUGGUUUUGGGCAACCAUGUGAAGGACUACCAAAUAUUCAAGCACAACAGCCAGUCCAUAAUUAUGGAACCAUUGGAAUUCAAGAACCAAUUCAGAAUAUUCCAACCCACCAAGUGGCUCAACCGACCCGAUUACCUGAUGGAAUGCAAAUUAUUCCAGUGCCAACUUUUCACGUACCACAAUUGGCCCAAAACUAUCCUGCUGGUCAAUUCGGCCAACCAGGUCAGUCAAUGGAAGGAGUACAAGGUAUUCAAUUAGCUCGACCAGGUUUGUCAGCUCAUGGACUACCAACUACUCAAGUUAUACAACCGGGCCCGAACUAUCGACCUCUUCCAGGCAGUCAAUCAAUUUCGAACAUUCGGAUUGGUCAAUUUGCUCAACCAAUCCACAACUAUGGAGGUGUUCCAGGCCAUGUACCACUUCAGAACAUUCGACCUGUUCCAUUGCAUUACCCCGGCCGGUCACCACAUGGGGCACAUAUUAUUCGAGUAGGUGAACCACAUGAAGGAACAAUUCAAAUACCACAACCAUCUGAAGGAAUACCAACUAUUCAAGCAGCACAACCGGGCCCGAACUACCGACCUAUUCCAGACAGUCAUUCAAUUCCGAAUAUUCCAAUUGGUCAAUUAGCUCAGCCAAUCCCAAACUAUGGAGCUAUUCCACCCCAUGAACUAAUUCAGAACAUUCGAACUGUUCCACACGCUUACCCCGGUCGGACAACACAUGGAGCACACAUUAUUGGAAUAGAUCAACCACAGGAAGGAACAAUUCAGAUACCACACCCAGCUGAAGGCGUACCAACUAUUCAAGUAACACAACCGGGCCAGAGCUAUCGACGUAUUCCAAUCGGUCAAUCAUUCGCGAAUAGUCCAACUGCUCAAUUAGCUCAGCGAAUCUUUAAAUGGGGAGCUCGACUCCGUCAACCAUUUCACAGCAUGCGAACUGGUCAGCUGGCUCAUCCCAGUGUGUCAACACAAGGAGCCCAAAUUAUUCGAGUAGUCCGACCACAGGAAGGAACAAUCCAGAUACCACAAACAGCUGAAGGAUUGCCAAUUCAAGUAGCACAACCAGACCAGAACUACCGACUUAUUCCAGGCGGUCAAUCGAUUCCGAAUAUUCCGAUUGGUCAAUUCGCUCACCCAAUCCACAACUAUGGAGGUAUUCCAGCCCAUGUACCACUUCAGAACAUUCGACCUGUUCCAUUCCCUUACCCCGGCCGGUCACCACAUGGGGCACAUAUUAUUCGCGUAGGUGAACCACAUGAAGGAACAAUUCAGAUACCACAAUCAUCUGAAGGAAUACCAACUAUUCAAGUAGCACAACCAGGCCAGAACCAUGGAAGUAUUCGAGUUGGUCAAUCAAUACCGAAUAUUCCAAUUGGUUCAUUAGCUCAGCGAAUUCGAAAAUAUGGAAGUAUUCGACUCCGUCAACCAAUUCACAGCAUGCGAACUGUUCAACUGGAUCAUCCCAGUCAGUCAACACAAGUAGCCCAAACUAUUCCAGUAGGCCAGCCACACGGAGGAACAAUUCAUCUACCUGCUCCGGGAAUUCGAACAAUUCAUGUAGCUCAGCCAUACAAUGUUGCGCACCAAGGUCAAGGCGCUGGGACUCUUCAAUUCAGUGAACCAGGCCAGGGAAUCGGAGUUGCUCAUGCUGUACAACCCUUCGGAAUAGGUCAUAUCCAUUCAGGUCAAGGACGUGAGCUUGUUCAGCCGCAGAACGCGUAUAGCAUUGCAGAUGGUGAAAAUGAUUUCCCAACGGACAAAAAAUGCGAGCCCAAAAAAGUCUUCAAUUACUUCUGCAAUGUAUGCACAUGCUCCCCGCACGGUCACGGUGCAUCUUGUUCCCAACACAAGUGUGCUCCAGGUCGUUACAACCCAGACGGAACCCUAAGGGAAGAUCAAUCUGAUUAUGGCCUAGAAGACUUACCCGAUGAUGAGACCUGCAUUCAUGGACGUAAGUAUAGAAAGACGUGCAAUAUUUGCGAAUGCGUCGAUAACAAACCAAUUUGCUCUGCGAAUCCCUGUGAAGAUAGACAUCCCAAAGAGAUUGAAGAACCUCACUGGAAUCAUAGCUCUUUACAGGUAAGGGAGCCCGUGUCUGCCUAACUCACAAUUCUUCAGUCAAUGUAAUCAGUGCCAAUGCAAUGCUGACGGCAACAGUGCAAUUUGCACCGGUGUAACAUGCCGUCAUCACAAAU